AUGGGGACUCCAUGCAUCUCCUACGCUCCGCAACCCUUUCCUUCCCGACACAGCAGAAACAAGGAUGCCGAGGCGGUUCAGAUCUUGAAUGCACGAUUGAUGAUUUUGUUUGACAGGAGGCUCACUGAUGGAGUAUGCCUAAUCUCAAUUUAUUGCAUGGUGUUGUCUGUGUGCUGCUGCCGGGGGACUUUGGAUGGUGGUCUUGAUAUUCCGCACAGUGACAAGAGAUUUGCUGGCUUCAAGAAGAAUGAGAAGUGGCUGGACACUGAGAUUCACCGCAACUACAUUUAUGAAGAUCAUGUUGCAGACUGCAUGAAGUCAAUAGCUGAUGAAGAACCUGAGGAGUACCAAUUUCACUUUAGUGAGUACAUCAAGAAGGGGAUUGCGGCUGAUGACAUGGAAGCACUGUACAAGAAGGUUCAUGCUACCAUUCGUGAUGAUCCUACCAUGGCAAAAUAA